CUCUCUCUCUCUUACAAAGUGAGAAAAAGAAAAUUGUUCAAACGAGAUCCAAUCUGUUUGCAUGCAUGAGGAAUCUAAAGAUGAUUCCUUGAUUAUUUUUCUCUUUCCACGCUCUAAUUUUUGAGUCUCCUCAGUAUUUGCAGGUUGCAGUUCCAUGAAAUGCAGCUGAUCUCGGUCUAAGAGCAUGCAUAAAGCAGAUCAUAAGCACCUUCCUCAAACUUCGAGCAUUCUAGUUGGAGUUCCAUGCAAGCGGAUGAUGGAUACAAUUACUGUGAAAUGUGGUCACUGCAACCAUCUCUCCUUUCUCGGCCCCAGACCCAUUGUGCAGUCCCUUACUCCCACUAAUCAUCAUCUCAUAGGCCUUCAGGGUCCUUGCACCGACUGCCUGAGAGGACAACCUUCACCACCAUCAUCAUCAACUUCAAUUGAGCAAAUGAUCCAAAGCCCACAAUUUGUCAUGAAACCUCCCGAGAAGAAGCACAGAAUGCCUUCUGCUUAUAAUCGCUUCAUGAAGGAGGAAAUACAACGAAUCAAGGCAGCUAAACCUGAUAUUCCUCACCGGGAAGCAUUUAGCAUGGCUGCAAAGAAUUGGGCUAAGUGUGAUCCUCGUUGCUCGUCGACUAUUGUUUCGCCUUCUGAUACCAAUGAACUGGCCCCCGUUCCAGAUUCGGAAAGAAGCAGUUGCUCUAGAAUGGAAAGCUCAAGUGUUUGCAAGCAAUUGGAAAAGAAGGAUUAGGUUCCGAAACAACAUAUGGAGCUCUUCCUCUUUCCUAGUGAUGCAAUUAUGGUGUUAAUUUUUGUUGGAUCUUGUCUUAGAUCUCUCUAUAGUGAAACAUCUUUAAAUCUGUACUAUUUCCCAGUUAUGAUCCAUGUAUCCUAUGGAUGCACUGCAGAUGAAGAGGAAGUGAUCCAUACAUGUUGCUCAGAUGUAUGAAUUGCUAAGAUUUAAACCCAAGUAUUGAGUGCCUCGUUAG